AUGUCUGAUGAAAUGAACCACACCGACCACGUUUUUAGCGCUACUACUUCCGGAACGUCCUCUUCGUUCGUCAAUGAUUCAAUCUCUGUCACUGCCGUCACAGUCUCAAAGCUCAACAACGAAACAUCUUCGCAAGAAGACUCUUCUGACAAGCAAGGUCGCAAGAAGCAAAAUAAGCAAAACUCGAAAGGUUUACAGAAAAGCGACAGUAAAGAUACGAAAACCAAUAAAGCUGUCACCAUUUCCGAAGACAAUAAUAGCAAUGACGCGAAUGAUGACAAGAAGAAAAAAGAGAAAAGACCAAGUAAAAACCGUACAUUCUCUAGUGAAAGCUCAGAUCAAAAUAGGUUCAAAGAAACUGAAGUAUUGGAUUCGACUGAUCCUAAGGGUCAACAUCAACGUCGCAAAUCAACUGCCAACACCGCCGAAAACUCUUCGCGAGGAGCUGUGAAAUCUAGAGUAAGUAAAGAUGACUCUGAAAAUAAGUCGGAAGCUCUUGAAUCACUUCAACAAAUCAUUGCUAGCCUUAAAAAUUUGCCUGCUCCUCCAAAGCCACAAAAACCUGAUAAGAAGGAAGGAGAAGAAGCACCAGUUGAUACAGUCUCUAAACAUAAAAGGAAUGAGUCUAACUUAGCUAAUAAUAAUGCUGCUAAGCGCUCAAGUGCAGCUGCUGCAAAACAACACAAAAAGGGUGCUUCCGUAUCUUUUUCUUUUCCUCUUACUACAUCUGUCACGACUUCAUUGAAAUCGAUUCAUGAUUCUGAAGAUGGUAAGCCCAUCAUUGAUAUUGAAAAUGCUUUGCAAGAUACGAUAUCUUCAUUGAGACGGAUGAGUCUUGAUAAGGACAUUGUCAUGUCUUCUGAUAAGCAAAAAGAACCAGAGUCUCCAAAAUCUCCUUUUGAGUUUAAAAAGCCUUUGGAAGAUCAAUCUCAAAAUGCAGCCAAGAAGACUCAUCGACGUCAUCAAUCUCUUGGACAUACAUUGUCUGCUGCCACUACUUUUAAUGCAACUCUAAAAGUAGCUCCUCCAACUCAUCAUCGAAGGCACAGCGUUGCACUUAAUGGAAGUAUAGAUGUUCUAAAGGAACUUGAAAAGAACCAAGGACGUCCUACAAGUCAAGAUGUAAAAGGGCAUCGCCGUAGCAAUUCCAGAAACUAUGAGAGCAACUGGAGAACAACUGCAUCUCCUGUCGCCAUUAUAAAUCCACAGUUUCAACCUUUUUCCAUGCCAAAGUUUGGAGCAUCUCUUCCUCCUUAUCUUAAGAAUGGGGAACUUGUCUCUGGUGUUUUGAGAAUUAAUAAGCGAAAUCGAUCUGAUGCCUAUGUAACAACAGAAUCUUUGGAUGCAGAUAUUUAUAUCUGUGGCUCGAAAGAUAGAAAUCGAGCUUUAGAAGGCGAUGUUGUCGCUGUCGAACUUUUAGAUCCCGAGAAGAAAGUUGAUAAAAAGAAAGACGAUGUUGAAGUUGAAGGUCAAGGUUUAUUGCUUUUUGAGGAUGAUGAUAUUGUGACUGAUGAUCAAAGACCAAAAUAUUGUGGCCAUGUUGUUGCUGUCAUGGAACGAAUGCCAGGACAAUUAUUCUCGGGCACUUUGGCACUUUUAAGACCUUCAUCUACUGCAACAAAAGAAAGAGAAGCAGCAGAAAAAGCUCGCCGCGAAGCAGAAGAUAGAGCUGCGGGAAUAGAACCGAGAUAUGAAGAAACAAAACAAGAUAAAAAAGAUGAUAGAAAUGAUCGUCCGAAAAUUGUUUGGUUUAAACCGACCGAUAAACGCGUUCCUUUGAUUGCAAUCCCAACCGAGCAAGCUCCUGUUGAUUUUGUUGAGAAACAUCAAGCAUAUGCUCAACAAUUAUUUGUCGCUUGUAUCAAGCGUUGGCCCAUUACAUCGCUUCAUCCAUUUGGUACAUUAGUUACUCAAAUUGGUGAAAUAGGCAGCAUUGAGGUUGAAACUGAAGCAUUGCUUAAAGAUAACAAUGUAUCAUCGGAUGAUUUUAAUGAAAACGUUACAAAAUGUCUUCCAACUACGCCUUGGGCUAUUCCUGAUAGAGAAUUUGAAUCCCGUGUUGAUCUUCGCUCUCAUCGAAUAUUCACAAUUGAUCCUGUCGAUGCUAAAGACCUUGACGAUGCUGUAUCUUGUACUCGUUUGCCUGAUGGGAAUUAUGAAAUAGGCGUGCACAUCACAGAUGUUAGUUACUUUGUAAAACCUAAUACUGCUCUUGAUCGUGACGCUCGUAAGAGAGCCACGACUGUUUAUUUAGUACAGAAAUCAGUGCCUAUGUUGCCUCCACUGCUUUCUGAACAAUUAUGCAGCUUAAAUCCUGGAGUUGAUAGGCUUGCUUUCUCUGUAAUUUGGAAAAUGAAUCCAGAUGGAAGAGUAUUAGAAACUUGGUAUGGAAGAACAAUCAUUCGACCUUGUGCCAAAUUGUCAUAUGAUCAUGUUCAGGAGGUCAUUGAAGGGAAACCUUUGAAUUCAAAAGUCAAAAUCUACAACGAAUUUGUUGCCAAGGAGGUUGAAGCUGAUAUUAAAGGUUUAGCCCAACGCCUUCGAGAAAAUCGAUUUAGAAGAGGCGCUUUAUCUUUAAAUACUGUCACACUUGACUUUGACCUCGAUGAAAAUAACGAACCAAUUGAAUGUCACGUUUUAGAACAGAAAGAUGCCAAUCGUUUAAUAGAGGAGUUUAUGUUGCUUGCCAAUAUGAGUGUUGCACAGAAAAUUUCCAGUGCUUUUCCCGAACAAGCGUUGCUAAGACGGCAUGCAGCUCCUAUUGAACGUAGACUUAAUGAGUUUGUCGAUCAUGCUCUUAGAUUGGGUUAUAAAGUUGAUUCAUCCUCUGCUGGUGCAUUGCAAAAAUCUUUUAACCCCAUCGAAGAUGACACUGUUAGAAGGGUUCUAAAACUUUUAGCAAUAAAACCGAUGCAAAAAGCCAAAUAUUUCUGCACUGGCACUUUGGAUAUUGCCAAAUAUCAUCAUUAUGCCUUAAAUACUCCAUUGUAUACACAUUUCACCUCACCUAUACGGCGAUAUGCGGACGUUCUCGUUCAUCGAAUGCUUGAGUCGGCUUUGGCUGGCGAGAAAAGAUUCUAUCUUGAUAAGGAUACCGUUCAAAAGACGGCUAAUCACUGCAAUGUAAAGAAAGAUGCGUCAAAGAAUGCCCAAGAACAAAGCAGUCAUCUCUUUUUGUGUGUACUGCUCAACAAUUUAACGGAACAAACGGGUCCCGUCAUACGUGAAGCUGUUGUUGUCGGUGUGAAAGAUCAUGCUUUCGACGUUCUCGUUCCUGUUUUUGGUAUCGAGAAACGAGUCCAUUUAGACCAACUACCCCUAGAAAAAUUUGUAUUUGAUACAGAAUCGAAUGAAUUAACGCUCAUAUGGAAAGCUGGUGUAAGCUCGCUUCAAUCCCUUUCGGAUGAUGACGGUGGCUUUGCAGAGGAGGAGGAGGAGGGGUUAGAAGUUGAUGAAGAAGCUUUACUCGCUGAUGUUAACGACGAUUAUCAUUAUGAAUUAAUGGAUGUGGCUAGCUUACCUAUUGAAGACGAACAUAGACUUUUUGAUGCUAGUUCCGAUAUCGGCGAAGACGAAGACGAAGAUAUUCCUGUUUUAGAUGUUAACGAUGCUUUAACUUCAGUUACUGAUGCUCCAAAUAAUAAUACCGCCUCCAUUUAUUCAGUAUCUUCUACUCGUAUUUCUACUCCACCGGUCGAAAACUCUACAGAAAAUCCAAUGUCAAAUCAAAUUUCCCAACUUAAAUUCUCCAUCCCCCCCGUUAAAACUUCUGAAUUACCUCAUAUUUCUCUUACUACAGAUCCUUCAAUUCUUAAUUCACAAAUAAUUCGAGAGUUGAGUCGACUUCAAGUAGUGGUUACGGCUGAUUGCAAGAAAAGUCCUCCUGUUAUUAAGGUUUUGGCUGUAAAUCCAUAUGCUGCUCUCGAUAAAACUGUUUAG